GUUUUGUUCUGUUUCUCUCUUAUUUUGCUUCGGGAAACAAUUAGCGAACAGUGCUUCUUUUGAAGAAAGACGUUGUUGGUCAUUCGAAACACACAUUACCAUCGGCAAGGAUGAGGUGCUUGGUGUUGCUGCGGACCAAUUUGGUACUUCUCUCCCUGGUUUUUACGGCAGCAGCUGUUUCUGCAAUCAAUAAGCCAUUUGACAUUGCAGAUUACGUUUAUGGAGUAGACUAUGACUUACAAGCUCGUGCUCGUGCCGCUAUCGAAGCAGAACGUUUCACGCUUCAAGUACCUCACCAUCAGCAGCAGCAGGAGCCAUGCCGCGUGAGACAGGAACGGCCUUGUCCGCCAAGCAAGUACCGCACGCCUUCCGGGGCUUGCAACAAUGUCAGACAUCCAGCCUGGGGCGCUCGUGGUUCACCUUACCUUAGGCUUGUGAAGCCUGCCUAUGUCGAUGGCAUAAGGAUCCCACGUCACUCAUCGAGCAACCAUGCUCUACCCAACAGUGUAGAAACAGUGUACAAUAUCCGGUUAAAUCGCCCAGUCGACGACACAGCUCACGAGGGCCUAAGCAGUCUUGCGGGUGUUUGGUCCGAAUUAAUUCUUCGUGACAUCUCUAGCCCCGUCCGACCACGUCAUCGUGACAGUUGUUGCCAGUCAAGUGUACGCCAUCCCGAAUGUAUGCCCGGCUUGGAUGAAGAAGGUCGAUGCCUGGAUUAUAUGCGUACAACACCAACGCUCAGCAGCCACAGCUGCCACUUUGAGACUCGAGAGCAGAUGAACGGUGCUUCUGGUUAUCUCGACGGAUCAGAUCUUUAUGGAAACAAUGACGAUAAAUUUCACAAACUCAGGACUUAUUUCAGAGGCAAAGUCAACAUUUCACAGUGCGAGCUUUGCAAUCGUGUUAACUCUAGUAUAGGUCACGUGUAUCUGGCUUUACUCCAUGAGCACAAUAGAAUCGCUGACAACUUGUCUGAAAUCAAUGAGCAUUGGAGCGACACAAAACUCUUUUUGGAGGCCCGUCGUGCUGUUGUCGCUCAGAUCCAACAUGUGACUCUAAGCGAGUUCGCCCCAAGCGUGCUAGGCGAGACAGCUUUCACGGACAGUGAAUUGACACCGACGAGCAGUGGCUUCUACUCGGGUUAUUCGUCGACCAAUCGCGGUGGCGCAAUCGAUGCCGUAGCUUUAACUGCUCUGCAGAUACUCACUUCUCUCAAACGCGAAGAGAGUUCGGCUCUCGAGGAACAGGUUAUUCUUGCGGCUAAACGCGUGAGCCUCGAUGUCGCCGACCAGGAUGAUAAUGUUCAAGGCUGGUCUCCCAGUGCUCUCCUUGUUCAUGAAGCUAGAGAUCAUGGUUUACCCAGUUACGUUCAGUUCGUUGAUUACUGCUCACGUGGACGUGUCAAGGUUGAAAACUUCACAAGCCUCGCACAUAUCAUGAAGGUAAACGAUGUAGUUCUGCUUCAGAAUAUCUAUUUGCGCGUGGAAGAUGUAGACUUAAUCAUUGGUGGUAUGCUGGAAAUUCCAACUGAAGGUGCAGCUGUAGGACCAACUUUCGCUUGUUUACUACGUGAACAGUUGAUAAAGCUUCGUAACUCGGACCGAUUUUGGUACGAGAAUGAUAUUCCACCAUCAAGUUUGAAACCAGAGCAGCUUACCGAGAUCCGUAAGGUUUCUUUAUCCGGAAUUCUUUGUGCCAAUGCUGACAUAGCCAAGAUUCAGCCUAAGGCUUUCAUUCAGCAAGAUCCUUACUUAAAUGCUAAAAUUGAUUGCAAUCGGCAUGGAUUACUCGACUUGUCAGCCUGGAGAGAAGAAUCCAUUCCAGUUGCUGUGACGGACAAUCAUAUGGAGAUGACUCCUGGAUUAUCCAAUACUGCUUCAUCCUUACUAUCGGAAAUCAACGAAGAUAUGAUUAAGGAUGCAGUGAAGAAGGCUGAACAGGAUCUGCUCAUGCGUAAACAGCUAGAGUACAAUUCCUGGUUGGAACAGCAAACUGCCGAUCCGAAGUCUCCACUCGGUACCGCAGCUAGUUUCUCGAAGGCCAACAAGGAUGCUCUUUCACUUGCAAACUCAUCAAUUCUCUAUGAAUUGGCAACCAAUGAAUUGGUCAACGGAAUUCAUGGUCUGAAAAGAAGAAAGAGGCAAGCUUUCGACUCAGGCGACAACGUUCUCGGCUUCCCCGCCAACGAGUUCAACGACGUUCUACAGAACGUUGAUGUCUCAAACUUCAUAUCUCGUAAGAAACCCACCAACCACGAAGAAAUAGAUUGUCCAGUCGAUGACCACGCUUGUGACCCAACUACACCGUACCGUACUUUCUCGGGUCAUUGCAAUAACCUUCGCAAUCCUAAUCUUGCAAAAUCUCUCACGACAUUUGCUCGUCUCUUACCGCCCGUUUACGAAGAUGGAGUGUCUCAACCCAAAAUCACCGGCGUGACUGGUAAUCUUCUGCCAAACCCACGUACCAUCUCAACGACCAUUCAUCCUGACAUCUCAAAUCUUCAUAACCGUUAUACCUUAAUGGUUAUGCAAUUCGCCCAGUUUCUUGAUCACGACUUAACCAUGACACCCAUUCACAAGGGUUUCGCGGAGUCCAUCCCUAGCUGUCGUUCGUGUGAUUCCAGUCGUACGGUACAUCCAGAGUGUAAUCCCUUCCCCGUGCCAGACAGCGACCACUAUUACCCGACUCUUAAUGCGUCCACUGGCCAACGUCUAUGUAUCCCAUCGAUGAGAUCUCUACCGGGACAACAGCAUCUUGGACCACGUGACCAGAUCAAUCAAAAUACCGGUUUUCUCGACGCGUCCGUCAUCUACGGAGAAAACAGGUGUAUUGCCGAUGUACUCAGAGGUUUUAAUGGUCGCAUGAAUAUCACCGCUCGUUCACAUCUGGGUCGUAAAGACAUGUUACCAAUGUCUGCCACUCAUCCUGAGUGUAAAGCCCCUUCGGGUCAGUGCUUUAUCGGUGGUGAUGGUCGUGCUUCCGAACAACCUGGUUUGACUGUCAUGCAUACUAUGUGGGUUAGAGAACAUAACAGAAUAAUGGAGGGUCUCAGAGCAGUCAAUCCUCACUGGGAUGCUGAAAAAUUGUUUCAAGAAACUAGAAGAAUUAUCAGUGGUAUGCUGCAGCACAUCGUCUAUAACGAGUUUCUACCACGUAUUCUCGGUUGGAACGCUAUAAGUCUUUACGGUUUGAAACUGCUGCCUCAGGGUUAUUACAAAGAAUACGCGCCUACUUGUAAUCCAAGUUGUCUUAACGAGUUCGCCACAGCGGCUUUCCGUAUUGGGCACUCGUUGUUGAGGCCACAUUUGCCACGUAUGAAUCGCCACUAUCAGAAUGUUGAUCCUCCAAUCUUGCUGCGCGACGGUUUCUUCAAUCCUGACAUGCUCUUCCAAGACGACAUGAUCGACGAGAUGACUCGCGGUUUGGUAUCCACUCCCAUGGAGACGCUUGAUCAGUUUAUCACCGGUGAAGUUACGAAUCACUUGUUCGAGCAGAAGGGUAUUCCCCAUUCGGGUGUGGAUCUCAUUGCCUUAAAUAUUCAAAGAUCGAGGGAUCAUGGUUUGCAAGGCUACAACGCUUACAGAGCUCUUUGUAAUUUGAAGAGGGCUACAAGCUUCGAAGAUCUGUCGAGAGAAAUGGCACCUGAAGUCAUUACCAGACUUAGGAGGGUCUAUGCUCACGUUGACGAUAUUGAUCUGUUCCCUGGUGGUAUGAGUGAAAGACCACUGCAGGGUGGUUUGGUAGGACCAACGUUCGCAUGUAUCAUUGCCAUUCAAUUCAGACAAGCGCGAAAAUGCGAUCGUUUCUGGUACGAGACUGACGACCCGAACAUCAGAUUCAGUGAGCAGCAGCUCGCUGAAAUUCGUAAGACUACCUUGUCCAAAGUAUUGUGUGAAAACAUGGAUAAUCACGCUGAAAUGCAGCGAGCUGCUUUUGAUCUGCCCUCGAACUUCCUAAAUCCUCGUGUGCCUUGUGGUUCCAUGCCACAUAUGAACUUUGAAGCAUGGCGUGAAACUCGGCAUGGAUGUCAAAUUGGUGAUAGACAUGUUGCUGUUGGAGAUUCUGGCUUCCCUACACCCUGUACGAGCUGCGUCUGCACUAAUGAGGGCACACACUGCGCAUCUUUGAGAAUAACAGACUGCAACCAACUUUUGCGUGAAGCAUCGCGCGAAGCGAUUUUACGUGACGACGUAUGUACCGCUCAGUGUGGAUUUGUGCUUGCGGCAACCGACAGCUCGCUCAACUUCAACCAGUUCAACAACAAUUUCGGUGGUUUCAAUCAGCAGCGAAGUUUGCGAUCGCCGUUCUCAUCAUCCUCGUUUAAUGGCUUCAAGCUACCUGACCUCUCGCAAUUCAUCGGUUGAACAAUUUAAUUAUCCUCAAUUUGU